AUGGCGGCGGCUUCCCCCACAACGCGGGUGGCCGCGUCCAAGAUGGCUACGCGGGCUCGUCAGCGCGCCUCCAGGACGGGGUUCGUGGCUAAGAGGGUCAGCCUGCUUCCAAGCCUCAAGCGCGCGAGGCAGAAGCGCGCCGCGAAGCUGCGCGGCGGCGCCGACAAGAUCUCGGUGUACGAGAACGAGAGGCCGAAGCAGCGCGGCAGCGGCGCCAGGCCGCACGAGAACAUGAUCUCCAAGCCGUCCGGCAACGAGAAGCGACGAGAAAGCGUGCCUAUCGACGGGCGAACGAGGAGCGAUAGUCCGACAUCUCCGGCAUCAUCGGCUCGCCAGCCUCCCGGCUUUCCUCGACACGAAACCCCCAUUCGUAACAGCGUAAGCGAGACCAUGGUCGGUCACAACCUAAGGACAACUGUAGCGCCGCCCCCACCAACCGUCGAGCCGCCCAGCUGCACCACCUCCCUUCCCUUCGCAGCCCCCAAGGCCGAGCUCGAGUGUCAGGAUGCGGAGACGCACAGUCAUGCAAAAGGGGCCCAAAGUCAAGCACGGCAGAGGCAGCGCGAGCGCCGCUCUCGCAGCGGCCGCCUUCCUGCGGCCAAGGCCUCUACGUCGGAUGGUGUACGCGAGACGAAGGUGCGAGCGAGAACGCCGGGCGGGACCACUCUGAACCUGACCUAUACUGUCGGGGUCUGUUUCACCGUGGUCUGCUGUCCGCCGGAUCAACACCCCAUCCGGAGAGUUGUACGCACUGAAGAGAUCGACAGUUACCGACGCAAGCAUCAACGAGCUAGGCAUGCUCAAGCGUCUCCAGCAUCCAAACGUCGUCGUGCUGCAUUUUUACUUCCACUCAGACACAACCCGCAGCAUACCUACCAUCAACCUCGUCAUGGAGCUGAUGGACCGCACCCUGCGAGAGGAGAUGACAAAAGUCAGCAGACGGGGCAUGACGUUCCCCGUUUUCUACACCCGAGUCUACUUCUAUCAGGUAUCACGAUUAGGCUAUUGGUGGCAGUGGCGCUUUUGGUGAUGACGUGGCUGAUGACGAUGUCAACUAAUUGUGACUGA